UGUUCACCACAGCUUCUGCAUCUUCAAUAUUGCAGCUCACUCGUAAUUAGAUGCAGCAUCUAAGGCACUUUCUGUCACUUAUUCAUGCUUUAAUCAAAAUCCUCUUCUUGUUUCCACGAUCGCUCCAACUUUAAGUGCAGCGUUCAUAUGUUUUCCAUUUUCUAGAAGUGCACCAGAUCCUGAAUUUCUGGAUACUAAGAGAAGUUCGCGGUGUUGAAAGAUUUUGGAGACCUUAUUCUAUAAUUUAAUUGGGACUUUGUAAGCUUUAGUGAUGAGUCGCCGUUGGAAUUCUCAAGGAAGCGGGCAACUAAGGUACGUGGAUAUUGAGCGGCAAGGUCCCGAGAAUGAUGGUACUGUUGUUUCAAAAAUAAUAAAAAUGGCAACUGGGCAGGUCAACCAACCUUUGAUGAUGAAAAUUACUUCAAAAACGAAGUGGUUGUUCCAAUAUUGGGAUCUGGCGUUUUUAGUGGUGUGCGUAGUUGCAGUAGCAGUGGACCCUUUGUUCUUUUAUCUUCCUGUCAUCCACGAGGAUACCAAAUGCAUUGCUUUAGAUAAGACUUUGAGAAUCUUUGCUACUGGUGUGCGAUCGUUCCUGGAUUUGGUUGCUUUAGGGGACCUGCUGGUUGCUCGGUCAAUAGCAAGCAGUGAUUACUGUUACUCGAGGUCAGACUACGUAAUGAACAUGCUCGCCAUUCUUCCACUCCCCCAGUUUCUAGUGCCAAUUAUAUUUUCUGAAAUGAGAGAUUCGAAAUUCCGGGACGGAAGGAAAUUCCUAAAUGCAGUUGUUCUUUCGCAAUAUGUGCCAAGACUUUUCCGUAUCUACAGAUUGUUGAAAAUAGUCAACCAGACUAUCAUCCUACCUAAGAGUAGUCCUCCUAAAACUACUCAUGUUAAAGUGAUGAACGCAAAAAGCUACAAGAAUAUGAUGAUGAUCCCACCCAAAGGUUUUGUAGUGAUGAAAGCUGGAUUCAAUCUCUUUCUGUAUCUCAUUGCCAGUCAUAUACUGGGUGCUUUUUGGUACUUCUUCUCCAUCGAACGAGAGACCACGUGCUGGCACCUGGCCUGUAAGCAUGAUUCCGGAUGUAACAAGAAUUCUUUUAACUGUGGUCAUGGCAAUCACACAUUUUUAAAUGAUUAUUGCUCUUUAGAAAAAAAAACAAAUACAACUCUCAGCUUUGAUUUUGGGAUAUUCCAAGAUGCCCGUCAAUCUGGUAUACUGGCGUCUAUGGAUUUUCCGCGAAAGAACUUGUUUUGUUUUUGGUGGGGCCUGCGAAAUUUGAGUUCAUUUGGUCAAAACCUUGAAACAAGUUCUUAUUAUUGGGAAAACUGCUUCACAGUUUUAAUCACGAUCUUUGGCUUGCUUCUGUUUUUAUACUUCAUCGGAAAUUUGCAGGUGUACAUGCAGUGGGAAGCAUCUAAUGAGUUGAAGGAGAUUUAUAAGCGGCCGAAGAAAUCUAAGCAGCAUAAUAAAAUCAUCAUGUCUAAGCGGUUGAAGACAUCUAAGCAGUACUACUUGACAUAUAUGGACGAGGAGGAUAAGACCGCAAACAUCAAGAGAACUAAAUCACGUAGCAUCGAGUCUUGGAUAAACACAAUCGGACUCUCUGAUCAGUUACAACAGAUUAUCAUGAGCUAUCUGACACCAAUACUGGAAGAUCAAAACAAACAUAUUGAUACAGAAAACCCAUUCUCACAUCUUUCCACAACACUUAGAAGAUUGAUUAAGCUCCAUCUCUGCUUACCCCUGCUAAGGAGAGUGUCCAUAUUCGAAAACGAAAGUGAAGAAUUGUUGUAUGAGAUCACCAAUAAAUUUCUCAAGCACGUGCACUACAAUCAAAACAACUACAUUGUUCGAGAGGGAGAACCAUUGGAUGCAAUGAUCUUCGUGGUCAAAGGAAUUGCGUGGACAUAUACAAGUAACCAUGGCAACAAAAUUGAGUGUCUUAAGACAGGUGACCUCUUUGGAAGACAUCUUGUAGACUGGGUGCUGGAAUCCCCCGGACUAUCCGACCUUCCCUUAUCAACAAGGACACUCAAAUGUCAUACAAAAGUCGAAGCGUUUUGUCUUAUGGCUAGCGACCUCAAGGAUAUGAUGUCUCAAUGUUGGUGGAAAUUUAGCAAGUUCAGACACAUCGCCCAAUCUAACUCGGAACAACUGAAACAUUUUGCAGCUUCAUCAAUCUAAGCAGCAUGGCGCCGCCACACCAUCCAUCCUCAUAAAUUACUUGAAUGAGGCUAUCAAGUCUGCCCAUGCUGUUGGCUAUGCCCCGCCUCCAACAGCUCCCCAAGCUUAAAUAAUUUUUCCACUUAAUAAUUAAUCUAGUACUGUUAUCAAAUGUUGAUCUUGCUCUUGUCGAAAUACAAUAAAUAGCUUGUUUAAGAGGACGUGUAUUACAUGUUGUGGAUUAAAUACUGCAUUGAUUUUUUUUAAGUCGUUAGAUAAAUUGCAGUCGCUUGAUUUUAAUAUUGAGUGGUUAUAAA